AUGGGGGAAGCAGCUGAACUGGCCGAACAGCUUCUCAACCCCCGUUCCAUGCUCAAUGUUGAUGGCUUACUGGAUGCGUUGGCGGCCUUGGUGGAAGAUUGCAAUUAUCCUUUGUUAAGGAGAACAAAAAAUAUCGACAAUUUUGUUACUCGUUAUAGUGAAGCAGUACAACAACUUACAACACUUCGUCUAAAAGGCUCCGACUUCCAGCUUAUCAAAGUCAUAGGACGUGGAGCUUACGGUGAAGUGCAGUUAGUGCGGCAUACUAUAUCGCGAAAUGUUUAUGCUAUGAAAUUGCUCAACAAAAAUGAAAUGGUACGGCGGGCUGAUUCGGCUUUCUUUUGGGAAGAACGAGAUAUUAUGGCACAUGCUCAUUCUGAAUGGAUUGUACGCUUGCACUACGCUUUCCAGGAUACCCAGUUUUUGUAUAUGGUGAUGGAAUACAUGCCUGGAGGCGAUUUGGUCAACUUAAUGACAUCAUAUGAUGUGUCUGAAAAAUGGGCUCGAUUUUAUGCAGCUGAGCUUGUAAUGGCUUUGGAUACCUUACAUGGGAUGGGGUACAUUCAUCGGGAUGUUAAGCCGGAUAAUAUGCUUAUAAGUAAAUCAGGUCACGUGAAAUUAGCUGAUUUUGGUACUUGUCUGCGCAUGGGUCCGAAUGGCUUAGUAAAAUGUACUACUGCAGUUGGUACUCCUGAUUAUAUUAGUCCAGAAGUACUGGAAUUACAAGGCACCGAAGGAGUAUACGGUCGUGAAGUUGAUUGGUGGGCUGUGGGUAUAUUUGUGUAUGAAAUGCUGGUGGGUGAAACACCCUUUUAUGCCGAUUCUCUGAUGGGGACUUACACGAGAAUCAGAAAUCAUGCGACAGAACUGAAUUUUCCGGAAGAUGUUGAGAUGUCAGAAAAUGCCAAAAAUUUAGUGCGCGCUUUUCUUUCUGUCUCAGAAAAACGGCUUGGUAAAGAUGGUGUCGAAAGUAUAAAACAACAUCCUUUUUUCCAGAAUGAUGAGUGGAACUUCGAGACUAUUCGGAAGGCCGUGCCUCCAGUGAUUCCCGAACUAAAGGGUGAUGACGAUGCUUCUCAUUUUGAUGACAUUGAAGUAAAAGAGCCGGAUCCUGCGGAGUUUUUUCAAAUUCCGAAAUCAUUCGCUGGAAACCAGCUACCCUUUGUUGGUUUCACGUAUUCUAAUGAAACUGGACCGAUUUCUGUAAUUCAAAAAAAGUUUGAAACUACGUCAAGGGAUGAUGCUGUGCAAGUUCGAGCUGCUUUAAAUCAGCUGAAUCAAAUUUCAGAAUCGCAGCUAGAGGAUGAAAAACGAAAGCUUGAAAAGGAAUUAGCAACAUAUCAAAUACAAGUGAAAGAUUUGGCUCGAAAACUUGAUAUGGAACGUGAAGAAAUGAAUAUUAAAAUUAAAAUGAUAACUUCUCUGGAAGAGCAGCUAAUUAUCAAAGCAAAGGUGGAAGAUCGUAUGAAAGAGCUUGAACGGCAAAUCGGAGAGCUGAAUGAAAAAUGUCGUCAUCAUUCCGAAGCGGAAGAGCGGGCCAGAAAGCAGCAAAGUGAAUUGCAUGCUAAAUUAAAUUCACAGAAUGAAAUUGCUCGUGAAUUAAAUGAGCGACUUCAGAAAAGUAAUGAAGAAGAGACGGUACUACAGCAGCAAAUUGAUCAGUUGCAUGCUUUGAAUUCACAAGAAAGAGAAAAUUUAAGACGAGCACAGCAACGGUCUAAUGAACAGAAUGAAAAAGUAGAAGAGUUACGGAUAGAAUUAGCAGCAGCACGUGAUCGGGAAAUGGCAUUAAAAUGCCAAGUGGGAAAACUGAGUGAAUUAAUGGCGCAGCAGGAAAAUUUUUCUGAUGAAAAUAAGAUUAACGAUGAAGCCAGGAAAAAUAACGUACGUCUCGUUGGCGAUCUCCAAGCAGCUCACAAAAAGCUAGAGCAGUUAACAUCCCACUUGGAACAAGAAACUAAUCGCAGAAUAUCAGCACAAAAUGACGUACACUGUUUGAAUGACCAACUAUCAAAUAUGCAAAGUUCAUUGCAUUAUCAAGAAAAUGAGUUGAAGCGUGUUCGUGAUGAAAAACGACGCUUAGAGGAUCAACUGCAAAGCCUGUCAUCAUUAAGUCGUCUUUUACAAAGACAGCUGGAAGAUGUUCGAGAGCAGUUUGACACUGAAUCCUCAUUUGUAAAUAUAUACAAGACAGAAAUGAAUGCUUUAAAUGAAGAAUUGUUGGAAAAAACACGGCGCUUAGAACAACUGGAAGAACAUCAAAGGCGAGAAGAAGAAAGAACUCGUGAUAUGCUUGCACAUCUUGAAAGUGAGCGACUGGCACGACGUAUUGCUGAAGAAAAUUUAUCCACUACAGACAAAGAAAAAACGAUGCUUGAAGUUGAAGUACGUCAACUUGUACAACGACAUGAGAAAGAGUUGGCAGCCAAAGAUGCUGCUAUACAAUUAAUUUCGCAAAAGGAAGAAGAGCUUCAACAGUCCUUACAAGGCGCCCAAAAUGAACUACGUUCCAUUUCGGAACGAGAUUGGUCACGUACUUCACCAGAAGAGAGCAUACGAGAUUUGAAAAACCAGUUGGAGCACGAAAAAGUGAUGAAAACUACUGCCAUUAAUAAAUUGGAAGAAGUGAUGGCUCAACGUCAGGCAAAUGAAGCCCUCAAAAAAGGUAAAAUGAGUCGUAAUGAUGCAAGAAGGCGAGAAAAGAAGAUAGUUGAACUGGAGAAAGACUUAAGAAUGGAACGGCAGAAGUAUGAGGAACGUGUUAUGCAGAUAGUAAAGGAAAAUGAACAGUUAAAGCUUGCGUUAGCUGAAGAAGAAAAAGCAAACGAAAAGUUGCGAAUGGAUCUUGAAACAUUCCGGCAUCUGGAAACUGCAAUGAAUGAGCAAAAGAAGCGGGAGAGGCAAGAAAUUCAUGGAGAUCACCCUCGAACCUCUGCUACCAACCUCAUGCAAGGAAUUAAUGAAAAUGAGUUGCGUUAUGAUGGCGCAGUCUCAAUUCGUUUAACAGUGAAGAGGCGACAACAAUGGCAAGAGUGUUUUGCAAUUUUUAAUCCUGCUGGUCUUUUCUUUUACUUGACUCAAAAUGAUCGUCAACCCUUUCAAACUAUCCAGGCCGAUAGACUAUGCCACGCUCGUCAUGUGAGCGCUGCAGAUGUGAGGUGCGCUGGGGAGAAUCAGUUGCCACGUAUUUUCCAGAUUUUAUAUGGUACUGAGGAGAAUUCAUCAUCUCGGCGCUCUUCAGUUGCUGACUUAUCAUCACUGUCAGGUUCACGUGAGGAAAAGCUAGAUAAAGCGUUAUGGAAUCGACAUGAUCUUGUCGAACUGACUUUCCACAUGCCAACGAAUUGUGAUCUUUGUGUUAAACCACUGUCAAAUUUGCUUCGACCUCCACCAGCUUUCGAAUGCAGGCGUUGUCGAAUGCGUUUCCACAGAGAUCAUCUUGGAGUAGAAACAAUACCGCAAUGCAGACAAACAGUAGAUGCUCGAGAGAUGUUAAUAAUGGCUCCAUCAGCAGAAACAUGUGAAGCGUGGGUUCAGCAUUUAAAACGUUUCCUUGAUUACAAACAUUCCCAGAAAAUGGGGACGCUACUUCCUCUUUCUGGUAGCUCGAUGAAAGUGCCUACAAAGUCAGCAAACGUGCCUCGUUCUGCUACUCUCCCAAACAAUUCACUUAUUUCUCCGGUAGCUCUGUGA